AGGGAUACUGUCCCAUACGCAGGAGAAAGAAAUUUUGCACAAAGAGUGAAACAAUUUUACACAAUCCAUCACUUACCGAAAAUCUACAGAUCUACACUGAAGUUAAUCAUUAUCACCAGCAUGUUUUGUGGGGUCUAUGUGCAAGGAACCAUCUUCCCAGCUCCCAAUUUUAAUCCCAUAAUGGAUGCCCAAAUGCUAGCAGGGGCACUCCAGGGGUUUGACUGUGACAAAGACAUGCUGAUCAACAUCCUAACUCAGCGCUGCAAUGCACAAAGGAUGAUGAUUGCAGAGGCAUACCAGAGCAUGUAUGGCCGGGACCUGAUUGGGGAUCUGAAGGAGAAGCUUUCACAUCACUUCAAAGACAUUAUGGUUGGCCUCAUGUACUCACCACCAUCUUACGAUGCUCAUGAACUCUGGCAUGCCAUGAAGGGAGUAGACACUGAAGAGAAUUGCCUCAUUGAUAUAUUAGCUUCAAGAACAAAUGGAGAAAUUUUCCAGAUGCGAGAAGCCUACUAUUUGCAAUACAGCAAUAACCUUCAAGAGGACAUUUAUUCAGAGACCUCAGGACACUUCAGAGAUACUCUCAUGAACUUGAUUCAGGGAAACAGACAGGAAGGAUUUGCAGACCCCGCUAUGGCUGCUCAGGAUGCAAUGGUCUUGUGGGAAGCCUGUCAGCAGAAGACAGGGGAGCAUAAAACCAUGCUGCAAGUGAUCCUGUGCAACAAGAGCUACCAGCAGCUGUUGCUGGUUUUUCAGGAAUUUCAAAAUAUUUCUGGGCAAGACAUUGUAGAUGCCAUUAAUGAAUGUUAUGACGGAUACUUUCAGGAGCUACUAGUUGCAAUUGUUCUCUGUGUUCGAGACAGACCAGCCUAUUUUGCUUACAGAUUAUACAAUGCAAUCCAUGAUUUUGGUUUUCAUAAUAAAACCAUCAUCAGGAUUCUAAUUGCCAGAAGUGAAAUAGACCUACUGACCAUUAGGAAACUAUACAAAGAAAGAUAUGGGAAAUCCCUAUUUCAUGAUAUCAAA